AUGAGCGAUGCAUCGAGCGAGAAUCACAGCGAUGUCGCGCACCCGGUACAGCGUCCGUUAAUGGAACUUGAUCCUGCUCAAGACAGUCUGCAUGAGGCCGGAGAGAUCGAUGAUGAGGUGGAGGAGGGUGUGCCGGAUGAUGAAGGACCAGAAGUGUUUCCACCGCCAGGAUUGAAAGAGAUUUCUUCGCUAGCUUCCUGGACUGUUAGCACGGCGAAACCUGGUAAUGGGGUUGCUGCACUGAGAUCGCCCGACCCUGCUCAUUUCUGGCAAUCUGAUGGACCACAACCACAUCUCCUGAGCAUACACUUCUUUAAACUCGUCUCAGUGGUUUCAAUACAGGUCCUACUUGACUUCGACAACGACGAGUCUUACACACCUACUAAAAUUCAAUUUCUUGCAGGAAUGGGUGUGCACGACAUUCAGGAAUUUGCCGAGAUGACCUUUGAGCAACCAAAUGGCUGGCAUGAUGUUGACUUUGGCAACGUUGGUCCAAUUGAGCAGGACGAUGAUGAUGAGGAUGAUGAAGAAGCCCGAUCUAGCAUUGAUUGGAGCAAGCGGCCGGUCCUACGUGCUUUUCUCGUUCAAGUCCGCAUAUUGGAGAACCAUCAGAACGGCAAGGACACCCAUCUACGUGGCGUUCGGAUAUUUGCGAGGGACGAAAUGCACCAGGCAGACUUGAGCGGUGGCAAGAGACGACCCUCAAAUCUACCAGUGAGGCCUCAUAGCCACCUGCAGAAACAAGCAGAACCGAACAAUCUCAAGUUGGCCAGCUGGAUGCGGGAGCCAGACCUGAGGUGA